AUGUCGUUCUUGAUCUCAAUUGAAGCAAAGAAACAGGAAGCGGAAAAGCACUGGCGACGCUCGACAAGGGCGGCGGCCUUUGUCUUUCUGAUUAUUGUUUCGUUUGUCUGGUCUCGGCAGACGAACAUCGUGAAACGAAUUCAGAUCUACAAGGAUGCAUUUGCAUUGGCCCCAGAUGUUUUGGCACAGAAUCAGCAAAGGAGUGUUCAACAAACCACCAAUGAAGACGGUGCUGAACACGAUCAUCAUAAUAGCACCGACCCGAGUGAAGAAAACCGGCAUGUGCGACCCAACCAUGCGUAUCCUUUUACGUUUGCUGCCUGUCUGAUUGCCCGUGAUGACAAUCUCCUGUUGUCCGAAUGGAUUGCUUUUCACUACACAGUGUUGCCGCUGAGACACUUGAUCAUUGCUGUUGAUCCUCUCAGUGUUACAUCUCCUGAGCCCAUCCUGGAGGCCUUUCGAGAAGAGCUGCCAGAUCUGACCAUUGAUUUGUGGACAGGAAACUCCUAUUGGUAUGAUGGAAGAUGGUCCAGAGAGAAGCUUGAACACUUCGAUCCGCACAAUCAUACCGGGGAGCAUGCCUACAUUAUGCAUCUGCAACGUCAAAAUGCCUUCUACACAACCUGUGUGCGCCAACUCAAACAAGGGAACGCUAGCUGGACUCUCCUCGUUGACACCGAUGAAUUCUUCACCUACAACUCUCUGCUGCCGAGUGAACGAUCUGGAUCCAGCCCAAUGCGGGAUCAGUUGUCCACACAAGAAAUAGCAGAUAUCAAUGACGCUGUGUCAUCCUCUUCUUUUCCUGUUGACACCUUCCACACUCUCCGCUAUCAUUCCCAUUGGGCAGUGGGGAUGACUACCAAUGGCAAAUCUUUGGUCAAUGUUCACAACUACAAUGGACGAAACAAGGUCACCAAUCCACAUCGUCCCUUUGAUGGUGUCUGUGACAAUCACUGGGUACAACCCAUACAAUCAGAAAGGAUCCCAUUUCGAGUGCACCACUACAGUGGCUCCUUGGAUACAUUCUUGUCUCGUCCCAGUCGGACAGCACAACAAUGGGCCAACAAGAAUGACUUCCACAUUACAGGAAAAGACUACUCACUUACAGGGUGGUUUCACAACUUUGUGCAACUUGUGGGCGAAAAGAUAGCAUACAAACUUACUGUGAAGACAAGACAGGACGCAUACUUGCGAUGGAAGGACAUCAAGUACAGAGUAGAAAAAAAGAACGAGAUGAUCCCAUUAGCCUUCGAAUAUGACCAGCCAGGUGGUGCCAAGAAUGGGCAACACUAG